UCUCUCCCUCCGCCCCUUCUUUCUCCGCCAUGAGAGAUGUAUCACCUUUUCCCCGUCUUCCGCCACAGACUAGCGAAGACUGUAUCCAUUUCCUUUGAGCCUGAUGCGUAAAUGAGCGGAGGUCAAGCCAAACAGCAAAAACAGGGGAAAAGGAAAAAUUAAUGCCAUUUUGGAGCAUUAACCGAUCAGAAUUGGGCUACCAUUGAAAGCAGAGCAGCUCACUGUUUGAUUCCACUAGAAAAAGUGAAACACCAAACCAGCCAGUCAUAUAUUUGCUUGCCAGCUGACCUGAUAACAUCACAUAGAAAGUUUCGUCCAUCGGCAGAUCAGCCCAUAUAUUCGCUUGACAGGACCAUUUGCGUAGUUCAUUGGUGGGUGUGUGGAGCCACCUGAUCUCAAUUCCGCUGCCAUCAGGGCUAAAGUCGUCGGUUACAUGAUCGGUAACAUGUCAAUACCGAACAAUCAGAGCCUGACAGGGAUGGAAGUGGCAGUAAUCGGCGCUGGAGCAGCAGGACUGGUGGCGGCGAGGGAGAUGAGGAGGGAGGGCCACAGCGUUAUCGUCUACGAGCGGAGUCACGCCCUUGGCGGCAACUGGGUAUACACACCUGAAGUCGAGUCCGACGACCUCCUCGGCCUCAACCCCAAGCGGAAGGUCGUCCACUCCAGCCUCUACAGGUCGCUUCGCACCAACCUCCCCAGGGAAGCCAUGGGCUUCCUCGACUACCCAUUCACCGCGCUGGCCGGCGGCGACUCCCGGAGGUUCCCCGGCUACGGGGAGGUCGCCGCCUACCUCGCUGACUUCGCCAGGGACUUCGACCUCGAGAAGUGGAUCCGUUUCGGAACCAACGUCGUCCACGUGGUGAGGGUCGGAGACGGAAGAUGGCUGGUUCGAGCCAGAAGGGUCUCCGACGACAGCGAGCCAGCAGCCGACGAGAGUCAACUCUUCGAUGCCGUCGUUAUCUGCAGCGGCCAUUUCACCGAACCCCGGAUCGCUGAUGUCCCCGGUAAUUGGUCGCCUCCGUGCUUCCGGCGUUCCCCCGUCUCUCCUCCCUCGUGCUUGGUGUUCUUAUUUCCCGGUUCUUCUGGUUUCUUCAUAUUUUCUUCAUUUUUAACCGUAAUUUCGCCUUUCCUGAAUCAGGUUGUGGUUUUGAUAGGCGGCGCAGCCAGAGGCUUAGAUAUUUCCAGAGACAUUGCUCCAGUAGCUAAGGAAGUUCAUCUUUCUUCAAGGUUUAUAUCAGAUGAAGAGUCGAAGAGGCUUCCAGUCUUUGACAACUUUUGGGUUCAUUCCCCGAUUAAAAGCACCUAUGAAGAUGGUACAGUGCUAUUCAACGAUGGAAGUUCAGUUGCGGCUGAUGUGAUUGUGCACUGCACGGGCUAUAAAUUUCAUUACCCAUUUCUGGAUACAAAUGGUGCUGUAACGAUAGAGGACAACCGCGUUGGACCACUGUAUAAGCAUGUUUUCCCACCAUCAUUGGCUCCAUCUCUUUCAGUCAUUGGAAUACCCUUUAGGGUUCUCCCUUUUCCAUUAUUUGAACUGCAAAGCAAGUGGGUGGCAGGAGUUCUCUCAGGACGUAUUUCGCUUCCAUCUGUGCAGGAAAUGGUGGAAGAUGUAAAAGCUUUUUACUUGCAGAUUGAAGCUGCUGGAUAUCCUAAGCGUUACACUCAUGAUGUUUCAAAGUACCAAGCUGAAUAUGAUGGUUGGCUUUCAACACAAUGUGGCUGCGGGAAGGUGGAAGAAUGGAGAUUUGAGAUGUUUGCUGCAACUGUCCAGAAUCUUCUAGAUAGACCGGAGAGUUACCGUGAUCAAUGGAACGACGAUCAUUUGGUUGCGCAGGCCCAGAAACACUUUCUCUCUCCUGAGGCAUUAACAAGAUGAUGAAACUCUGUUCCUCUUGUUACCUAUUUGUAUUGCUUCUCUUGCUCCAACGAGUCAUUGUCUCCAACGAGUCAUUGUCUGCCUGAAGAGAUACGUAAACUCGCAAUAAAUUCGAUGAGAGCAGCAUCUUUCUUUCUG